CAGUGAUCACGACAGGCAGUCAUGGUGGUAACAAUACAUAAUCGACCGGGACUAGAUACUUUGACUGACAGCAUCUCAAGAUGACCCUCCGUACUCGUGUCGUCAAUGCUUACAAGUCGACCGGAUUUCUUCAAAAACCUCAGUCUGCCAUCGACGCUGGUGCCGAUGACUUUCGUCCCGUAUCAGGGCUCAAGCCCUUCAUCCACAUGGAGCCGGGGAGCAGGACCAUGUGGUUGAACGAGGACUUGGCUCCGACCCCUCCUCAGAUGCGUACUUGGAGUUGGCUCACCUUUGUGUCUCUUUGGUGGGGUACCAACUACACUGUUGGCGCCUGGACUCAAGGGUCCUCACUACUCAGCUAUGGUCUUUCGUUUGGCACCACCCUCGGUGCUACCAUCGUCGGCUACAUCCUCAUCGCCGCCGUGGCUGUGGGCUGCGCUCGUGUCGGAUCGUUGUAUCACAUCGGAUAUCCCGUGUGGGCCAGAUCGACUUUUGGUAUGCACUUGUCCAAGUUCUUCGUUUUCCUCCGUAUGGCAACGGCAGUGAUUUGGUUUGCCGUGAUGAACUGGUACUGCGCCGAGAUGCUCGACAUCGGUCUGUUGGCUGUAUCACCCAACGGAUGGGGGAAAAUCGCAAACAAGAUGCCGGCUAGCUCUCACUCCACAACCAGAGAAAUGGUCUGCUUCUUCAUCUGCUUUUGCCUCCACUUACCCUUUGCUUUCGUACAUCCCAGUAUGAUCAAGAUCAUUUUUGAGAUCAAGGCUGUCCUUCUUCCUGCCGUGUCGUUCGGUUUCCUCGGGGGGCUGAUCCACCUCGCUGGGGGCUCGGUCAAUUUCUCCGCAUUGAACGGGACAAUCGCCAAAGGCUCUAAGCCCGAUCUGGGACGUUACGCCAACAAGCCGGGUGCAGCGAUGUGGCCCCAAGCGAUUAGUCUAUGGGCCGGAAUGAUCAUUGUUACCAUGAUGGGUCUCACUGCCGGUGCUGUUUCCUACCAGGUCUGGGGUGUACACUCGUGGAAUAUCUGGACAAUCUGUUCGCUUAUACUUGAAAAUGAUGUCUCAACGUCGUGGCGUGCGGGUAUCUUCAUCUUUUCGAUCAUCCAAAUUUACGCGACUAUCGGACAAAACCUCUUUGCGAAUAACAUCCCCGCUGCUGUCGAUCUAGCGUCUUUAUGGCCAACUAGGAUCAAUAUCGUUCGCGCGCAGGUCUUUCUCAUGAUCUUCUCUUGGAUCGUACAACCCUGGUCAAUUCUCACCUCCGGGACAAACUUCAUCAAGUUCUUGAACUCAUAUACUUUCUUCUGCGGUGCUAUGAUUGCCAUUCUCCUCGCAGACUACUUCAUUGUUCGCAGGGGUAACAUCCACGUCCCCUCCCUUUUCGACGCGAAUGGCAAUCACGCCAACCACGACGGUAUCUAUUACAACAAACCUUUCGGAUUCAACAUGAUCGCACUGGUUGCUUGGCUCUGUGGGAUAGCUAUUCCCCUUCCUGGCCUGGUAGCCAGUUAUAUGGACAGCUACUCGUCUUCCAUGGCUACCUUCGUCAAGAUCUACAACUCAGGGUUCCUGAUAUCUUUUGGCAUCAGUGGGGCAGUCUACCUCGUUGGCAUGUACUUCUUCCCCCCUUCCAUCGUUCCCAUCGGGAGGGAAGGAGAUUACGACCAUUCUUUCGAAGGGCUCGGCAAGACGGACGGAUAUCUUCCCGGUGACGAGCUCGUGCUGUAUGGACGACAGACCAAAUACGAGGUUUACCAGCCUCACUCGGAAACGAUGAGGAUCACGGAAAACACAGCGACCUCUACUGGACUGGACGAAGAGAAAAAGGUAGCGGCAGAUGCGUACGCUUACUCUCUGCCCGUUCAUGGUAACUCGCAGUAGCGGACCUGACUGUUCGGGAGGGGAUUGGCGUCGUACGGGGAGUACCGUAACGUAGACGAGUAGGACAGAUGACCGACGAGAAUGUGGAGUGAGAACAGGCAUGAAUGAAUGACGUUGCUCCUG